AUGUUAGAGAGUCGAGACCAGUUUUUUGAGGGGUUGAGCUCAUUGGUAGAUGUAGGGGGUGGGACAGGACUUACUGCCAGGACCAUUUCCGAGGCCUUCCCUCGGUUGAAAUGCAGAGUGUUUGACCUUCCCCAUGUUGUUGCUAACUUACCAGAGUAUAGGAACUUGGAGUUUGUUGGAGGUGAUAUGUUUCAGUCUGGCCCUACUGCGGAUGCCACUCUAAUGAAGGUUUUCAUUUCUCGAUCCCCUUGCUUGAAUGCUGAUUGCGUGAAGAUACCAAGAAAUGCAGAGAAGCAAUUCCAAGGGAAGAAGAGGGAGGAAAAGGUUGUUAUCAUAGAGAUGGUGACAAAUGAAAAGCUGCUCAUGGACAUCAUGAUGUUGAUGACAGUGUUGAAUGGAAGAGAAAGAAAUGAGAAAAAGUGGGAAAAUCCCUACUGA